GCCAUCGGAUGAAAGAGUGGUGAUGCUGUUCACAGGCACCGUGCGCGUUCGCGUACUCGAGGCUCGUCAACUUCGCCCGACAGAGUGGUCGCGACGGUUUAGACAGGAUGAAGCUGCAACCGCUGCAAUCGACUCUUAUGUGAACGUGGAUUGGGAUGAAUAUCAUAUAGGAAAGACGCAAGUUCGGCCCAAGACUAAUGAACCUCGUUGGAAUGAAGAAUUUACAGCUUCGGGAGUACAUCAAGGAAAAGCCAUCGGAUUUUCGGUAUUUCACAGUUGUGUAAUGCCACCCGACGAUUUCGUUGCGAAUACCCGAAUAGCGUUUGAUCAGUUGAAAAUUGGAAGUGCGAACGAUAUCUGGGUAGAUCUGGAACCACAUGGACAAUUGCAUGUAGUUGUGGAAAUGCACGGAACAAACGUGGAAGAUGUACAUUCACACAACAAGACGAGAGUAUUCAAAGAGAGAACAAAUGCUUUCAAUGAUCGACAAAGACGUGGUGCUAUGCGACGGAAGAUUCACGAAGUUACUGGACACAAAUUUAUGGCAUUAUUCUUGCGUCAGCCAACGUUUUGUGCUCAUUGUAAAGAAUUUAUUUGGGGUAUUGGUAAACAAGGAUAUCAAUGUCAAAUAUGUACAGUCGUAGUUCAUAAACGUUGCCAUGAAGAUGUUGUAUGGAAGUGUCCUGGAAAUAAGGCAGAUGCUGUAGAAGAACUUGGCAAAGAAAUUCAAGAAACUGGCGCUGGACGCUUUAACAUAAAUAUGCCCCAUCGUUUUUCGGUACAUUCGUACAAACGACCGACGUUCUGUGAUCACUGUGGUUCAAUGCUUUACGGAUUAAUCAAUCAAGGACUUCAGUGCUCAACGUGCAAACUUAAUGUACACAAGAGAUGUCAAAGAAAUGUAGCCAACAAUUGUGGAAUAAAUGCAAAACAAAUGGCUGCAGAGCUGGCACAACUUGGACUUACUGGAGACAAAAUGAGUAUUCGAUCUAAAAAGAAGCCGUCAAUAAUGACUGAUACAAGUACAGACAUAUCCGGAUCAUCAAAUUCUGAGAAUUCAGGUUAUUUACAACAAAUAAGUGAAGAUGAUUCUGGAACAACAUCAUCACGAAGUGCUUCAAAAGUUCCUGGUGGUACUCUGUCGAUUCAUGAUUUCACAUUUAUGAAAGUUCUUGGAAAAGGAUCAUUUGGUAAAGUAAUGUUAGCAGAAAGGAAAGGAACUGAUGAAGUAUAUGCAAUCAAGAUUCUUAAAAAAGAUGUAAUAGUUCAAGAUGAUGAUGUAGAAUGUACAAUGUGUGAAAAAAGAAUUCUAUCAUUAGCAGCUAAACAUCCAUUCCUCACAGCACUUCACAGCUCGUUCCAGACAUCGGAUCGUUUAUUCUUUGUAAUGGAAUAUGUAAAUGGUGGUGACUUAAUGUUCCAAAUUCAAAGAGCUCGAAAGUUUGAUGAAAGUAGAGCAAGAUUCUAUGCAGCAGAAGUUACAUGUGCUCUACAGUUUUUGCAUAGGAAUGAUGUCAUAUACCGAGAUUUGAAACUUGAUAAUAUUCUUCUUGACGCCGAAGGUCACUGUCGUUUGGCAGAUUUUGGAAUGUGCAAGGAAGGAAUUAACAAGGAUAAUCUGACAAGCACAUUCUGUGGAACUCCAGAUUACAUUGCUCCUGAAAUAUUACAAGAAAUGGAAUAUGGAGUAUCUGUUGAUUGGUGGGCACUUGGAGUACUUAUGUAUGAAAUGAUGGCUGGACAACCACCAUUUGAAGCUGACAAUGAAGAUGAUCUAUUUGAAGCUAUUCUUAAUGAUGAUGUAUUGUAUCCUGUAUGGUUAUCAAAAGAAGCUGUUAAUAUUCUGAAAGCGUUCAUGACGAAAAAUGCUGGUAAACGACUGGGAUGUGUUGUGUCACAAGGAGGUGAAGAUGCGAUUCGAGCACAUCCAUUUUUCCGUGAAAUUGAUUGGGAUGCUUUAGAAUCAAGACAAGUUAAACCGCCAUUUAAGCCAAAAAUUAAAUCAAAACGCGACGCGAACAACUUUGAUAGUGAUUUUACGAAAGAAGAGCCUGUGCUGACACCAAGUGAUCCUGCAGUCGUUCGUGCAAUCAAUCAAGACGAGUUUCGUGGUUUUUCAUUUAUCAAUCCGCAUUUUACCUACUAAUUCUUCUUCCAAUUUGUAUUCAACUGUUCCCAGUGCCCUCUCUUUCUCUCCCACCAUCAUUCCCUGCCUUCUGUUGUUUUUUUUUGUAAUUUUAGAUCCAUUAAAGUAUCAUUUCUCUUCUUCUCUUCUCCCCAUUUUUAUCUGUUUUUUUCUCCCCUACUUAUCGAAUCCAUCCAACGCUCUCAUAAUCAGAACUCUUCAAUUUUUGUUCAGUCUUUAAGUUGCACACAACACAUACAUUCCCUCGUAUUUAUUCGCACACUGACCCCCUUUUCCUGCCUAUAUUUUUUGUAGAACAAAGUUAACCUUUCAAAUGUAAAAUUUGAAGUAAAAUCUCUCUUCACCACUCCAUUUUGUUAAUAUUUUCAAAAAAAAGAAAGGCGUGGGAUUUAGAUGAUUGUAAAUUUCCACAACGAUUGUGAAAGAAGGUAUAUAUUUGAAGUUACAGAUUGAAAAUAGAUCCUCUGAAUUCCAACGUCUUCUUCCACUUUCGCUAACAUUUCGCUUUCCUUUUUUCUAUAAAUCUAUUUUUAAUCUAGUCUCUGGAUUUUUCAAUCCUCUUGUCACCAUCCCAGUAUUUCCCAAAUUUCCCUUUUUUUUCAUCUUUCCCGGAGAAUUUUGAAAAUCAAAAAAAUCAAAUCUCGAUGAAAUGGAUAGUGUGUGAUUGUUGUUGACACCCUAAUUCUCCUCAAUUCUCUCCACUAUUUCGUGUUGACUUGUGAUAAUUAUUGAAUUUCCCCCCUCACCUUUAUUCCUUUAAAAAUCUCUAACUCAAUUAUUGCCGAGCCUCUCGUUUUUUCAUGUCUUUUCCCAUCUAUUGCCUACUCUUUUCAUCUAUAUCUGUUUGUAACAAUAGUUCUUCACGAAUCUUCUUAUUUCCAAUCUCCCAAAAACCCCCCAAAAAUCGUGGUUCUUUUGCAAUCAUCUCUCAUUAUUUACCCUUCUUACACCACAUGCAUCCAUCAGUUUCUUUUCAUAACAGUUUUGUUUUACGCUUCAUGUGUAGAUUAAUAUUCCUUGAUUUAAUUUUUCUAGCUUUAUUGAAAAGCUGUAUAAAUUCUUGAAAACAAU